AAUAAGCAAGGCAGUUGGUGAACACAAUGCAUCUCUGUGAAUAACCCUCUCAUGAAAACAAGCCCGAGAGUGCGCAGACAGACAGCUACAAAUGCUCCUACCAGCCUAAAAGCAAGUAAACCCUUUGACGGAAUGUCGAUCGAACCAACGCUGUGUCAAUUAACCAAGUCAUGUGACCGUUCAGAGAGGCAGAUCUGUAUUGCGGACUCGGAAUAAUAUCUAGCGAGGAUGUGUGAAUUUAUCUGAAUUAUUCCCCUGGACGCGAAGCUCUGAAACUCGGAGAACAUGGAUCCGGCGAAUGGGAAGAUGCGAAUUACGGAGUUAAACCCCCAUUUGCUUUGUGCCCUGUGUGGAGGAUACUUAGUGGACGCUACAACUAUCGUGGAGUGUUUACAUUCGUUCUGCAAGACGUGUAUAGUCCGGUACCUGGAAACCAGCAACUAUUGCCCCAUCUGUGAAGUCCUCAUCCACAAGACUCGACCAUGGCAGAAUAUAAGAUAUGAUGAAACGCUACAGAAUAUAGUAUAUAAAAUGGUGCCAGGACUGUUUAAAAAUGAAAUGAAAAGGCGGCGAGAGUUCUACGAACAAACCCCGUGCUAUGAAGCCCGGAAACGCGAAGGGAAAGAACUGGAUUUCAAAACCACAGACCGAGUGAUUCAUUCUCCUGACGAACAAAUCAGCUUGUCACUCGAACACUGCAGCCAUCUGUUUGUUUCUAGUGGGAAGCCAUCCGUUCACAUCAAGGAAGAAGAUGAACCACAAAAGUUGUUUGACCGCCGGUAUCUCAUGUGUCCUGCCGCUGUCACCGUAUCACAUCUAAAGAAAUUCAUCCGCAUGAAGUAUUCCCUUUCUGAGAUGAUUCAGAUUGACCUAAUUCACACCGACUCCCCUCUUCGUGACACGUGGUCUCUCAUGGAUGUGGCCUACAUCUACUCAUGGCGGAGGCAAGGAAUCCUGAAACUGUUUUACUCUUUCUACAAGUUUCUUCCCAAAAAGCGGAAAUUACCGGAACUGAGCGAAGGUUCCCGACCUACCGAUGAGCCAGAAGUCCCUGCUAAGAAACACAAAGAUUCACCAGACUGCCAAUCGUCGACAAAGCCAAAUAAUGUUGAUGUUCCUUCAAAACCAAAUAAACCCGACACAUUUCAAAACGGAGAGACCGAAAAACCGACGGAAACAACCGAGCCGGUCUCCGGUUGUCUGAAAACGGAUGAAACGUGUCACUCGUCUGCAUGCUCAAAGACUGAUGACGACACUGCCGAAGCGGAAAAGGAAAUAGAUGUCAUAAACUCAAACGAGGCUGAGAAAACGGCUUCCUGUUCCGAAUGGCGCGAGGCUGCUGCGCACGAAGCAGGUGUUUGUGAAAAGGAGGCUGAUUCCGCCAUUGAUUAUUCAGUCUCCGAAGGGGAUACCCCCGAGAAAGACGAUAAAGACUUCUCUCCUGUCCAAACACCCACGGAAAAUAAUGGAUUCGCCCGGUCGAGUCAGUGUAGCGACUCUCCAACGGAGUACGAGAGUUCACCGGGAACCGAGAGCAGACGACCGAGCGAAUCGGAUCACGUGACGCCCAUCAAAUGGCACGGACCGAAUGAUUUGAUAAUGAAUGGGCACUUCAAGGUUCCGAGUGAUCAUUUUCCUGGCGAUAUGAAAUCAGAUACCUACGUGAUGCCGCUGGAUUACUCUCAACCCUCCUAAUUUGUUUCCAAGGAGAUGCUGUUACCGAAUUCAGAAAGUUGUGACACCCAUUGGAUAUAUCGCAGCUAUAUGGAAUCUAUAUCAUGGAAAUAUACAUAGUGUGCUGUCAAUAUUUCAAAAUGACGUCCAGUGUUCAUGUAUAGCAUUCAUAUGACGUCAUAGAGUUCAUUAAGGAUGACGUCACGUUUCAUUGAAUGACGUCACGACGUGUGACUCAAGACGAGUGUGUUCUGUUGGGAUUAUUUCAUCCUGGCAUUUGUUCAUAUUGGAGGUAUUCGUUUCCCAUGCCAUACAUGUUCUGGAGAUGUGAUGUUGAUUUCAUGUCAAUUUCAUUUUUCAACCAGCCCCAAACCCCUCAACCCUUCAGCCCGGAGUUCAUUUCAAUACCAUAAUUCAUGGAAUACAAAACUGAAAAAACAACUGACCUAUGUAUGAACUCUUUCUCCCAAUUAAAUGAGUGAUACACAGUGUUCAAAUAUUCAUAAAAUGUGACGUCAUGUAUUGUUUGUAAUUGUGACGUUCAUCUUGAUGACAUCACAGUUUGACGUCAUCCUACUGUUUCAUCGUCACGGAUACCUAUAUAUUUGGAUAUAUACCCCUGUCUUGUUCAAUUGGUGGAUAAUGCUGUGUUUAUUUGGAUUUACCUGUUCUUGCGUCAUCGGAUUUACUCCUCACUGGAUUAACAUGACGUCAUAUUGACUGUGACGUCAUACAGACUACUUGGUUUCUAUGGGAACCGUUACUAUUAGUAUUUUGUGCAUUAUAGGGCAUGAAAACACUAAAGAUUUUGGGUUCUGUGACCCACAGGGCACAUUCGCAUAAACACUCAUCGGUAACUUAAAAAUAUAUGUCCAAAUACAAGGGUUUGCAAAUCAUGAAUAGAAUUCCAUAACGUCAUCACGUCGAUAUAUGGCUGAAUCAACGACGUUAAACACCGUACUCUCCCGCCAUAUGGGCCACUUCAGUACACUCUGGGUUCGAAUCCAGACCCAUCCCGACUAUGUUUGACAGCACCAUAGAAGUGCUCGUUGGUUUCUCAAUGAGAUAAAUGUCUAACUUCGGGUUUUCCUCCCAGCUAGGAACGGUGGGGUAGCCUGGUGGUUAAAGCGUUCGCUCGUCACGCCGAAGACGGGGGUUCGAUUCCCCAAGUGGGUACAAUGUGUGAAGCCCAUUUCUGGUGUCCCCGCCCUGAUAUUGCUGGAAUAUUGCUAAAAGUGGCAUAAAACAAAACUCACUCACUCCCAACUUCACUAACUGUGAUAGUGCAUGGACACUGUUAAACUCAACUCUGUCAUCCCGAGCGCUCAUCUACAGAUACAAAAUGAUUUAAAAGUAAACAAAAUUAGAAAAAAAAAAUCGAGUUUUUAAAACACGUUAAUUUAAACUCUGGAGCAGGUUAGUGUACACAUGGCUGCCAGAUGGGGAUGGCUAAUACAAUAUUUUUCUAACAUAUAA